AUGGUUCGGUUUAAGAAUCGGUGGUUUCUAGUGGAAUUCAUUACUGUUUCUCCCGAAUCGUCACAGCAGCCUUCCUUUGACAGCAAGCAGCUCUACUCUGCGGUGCGACAAAGUGUAGUAUCCAACUUCGGAGACACGGGAUGGGGUGCGGUUGGCAUGUCGCUCACCAUCAAAUAUUUCUCCCCGACAACAAAUAUAUGCAUCGUCCGUGUCGCACGAGACCAACAUAAACUGGCUUGGGGCGCGAUAACCUUACUCACCUCUGUCAAUGGUGUGCGCAUCAUCCCAAACGUUGUCCAUGUCUCAGGUACCAUCAAACAUACUCAGCUGGCUGCGAUAAAGCAUAACAGGGAGAUUAUCUCUCGUUUUCGGGCUCGAGCGAAGAAUCCCGCUGCAUACCACGCACAGGAUUCCUACGAGCCUUACUUGGUUCAGAGUACACGCGAAAUUGAAGUAUUGCAGGAGUAA